AUGUCAAUAACUGUGCAUUUUAUAACGAAAUACAACAAUAGCAACAAUAAACCUCGUGUUUAUUUUUUCUUCCUCACGGCCAUUACUGCUCCCGUUGCAAUGCCACCUCCCUCUAUCUAUCUAUCUAUCUAUCUAUCUAUCUAUCUUAGUCUGUUCCUAUCUAACUAUAUAUCUAUUUCAGUUUGUUCGUAUCUAUCUAUCUAUCUAUCUAUCUAUCUAUCUAUCUAUCUCAGUCUGUUCCUAUCUAUUUAUCUAUCUAUUCAGAUCUAUCUAUCUAUCUAUCUAUCUAUCUAUCUAUCUAUCUAUCUAUCUAUCUAUCUAUCUCAGUCUGUCCCUAUCUAUCUAUCUAUCGAUAUAUCUAUUUCAGUUUGUUCGUAUCUAUCUAUCUAUCUAUCUAUCUAUCUAUCUAUCUAUCUAUCUAUCUAUCUCAGUCACAGGAAACUUACUCACAUCCUCGUCCUCAUUAAUCCCGCGUCUUCUUCUUCUUCUUCUUCUUCUUCUUCUUCUUCUUCUUCCCAUUCUUCUUCAUCUCUCCCUAUUCCUCUUCUUCUCCUCCCAUUCUUCUUCUUCUUCUUCUUCUUCUUCUUCUUCUAUUUUUUCUUCCUUUCUUUCUUCACGACUUUUGUACUUAUUUUUUCCUUCCUUAAUCGUUUCUUCUUUAUUGUCUUUCAUGUAACAUUGCAUUUUACUCACAUCUUCCUUACUUUCUUUGCUUUUUUGUCAUCCCUGAAAUCUUUCUUUCUUUCUUUCUUUCUUUUUUUAUUUAUUUAUUUAUUUAUUUCUCCUGUUACAAAUAUUGUCUUUCUUUCACUGCAAUUCCUCUCCAUUUUUAGAAAGACACCUCAUUGUCUCAGAACACUAUUUUGCAUACCUGCUUUUAAAAAUCUUUUCUUCUGGUCUUUCUUUUUCAGUUUUCUUUUUAUUCUAAAUUUUUCCUUUUCUUUUCUUUUUCUUUCUUUUUUCUUCUUUCACCAAACCUUUGCUUAUCAGUCCCUCUCCUUUCUGUCCUUCCCCGUUUUCUUAAUUUUACGAAGUUUUAAUCAGUCAGUCACGUUCAGACAGGUCAACGGCAAUACGUUGAAACAUGUCGAAUAA